AUGGCGGCUAGCUAUUUGCGGCUGCAGUUGAUGCGCUCUUCCAAGGCUGCCUUUGGGUGCACAUUUGGUGCGCAACGCCGCUCUACCCAAUUCUUUAGACUUCGCUAUACUAGCAGAUUACUUCCUCCGCUAUCGAGAUCUUACGCCACUGUCAAUCCUGGUGAUCCGAAACCUCCGCGCGAAGAUCCCGAGAAAAAGAAAAACGAGCCCGACGGUUCACCAAAGUCUGCGGAAGAACAUGGAAGCAAAGACCAGAACGAAGAAUCAAAGACAAAAGGCGCCAACACCACAGAGUUUUCUCCCCUCACAGAGGAAGAAAUCACGCAGAUCAACGAAGUUGCACAAAUGAUUAAAAUUGGCCUACCCAAGUCGCAAGCCGCGGCGGUCGAUGAAGCUGUCCAGUUGAUGCAGAAAGGUGGAAUUCCAAAGGAGCUGCGAGAAGUUAUGGAAACCCGGAGGAAUGAUCCUAAGAAGCGAAUCGAUCUGGCAACUACCGUUCGCCUCGUUGGCCUCUUCACCAAAAUGUCUCGCAUGAGCCCGGAGGAAAUUCGAGAAAAGUACGGUCAAAAGACUCAGUCCACCAAGACCGAGGCGCCUGAAGAGACACCGUUGUUUGAACAGUCCAACAAGAGGCAGGAUCAAAAUCGAAAACGCAAGCAGCAGAAAGGACAAGAGAGUCAAAUUCCGAAGAUGACUGAGAUCCGGUUGGAUGUAGGCACAACUGUACUGGCGGCCAUCCUUUCCUACUACCUGUACCGCACCCUCUAUCCAGCCGAGUCGUCCCAAGACAUCACAUGGCAAGAGUUCAGAACCACCUUCUUCGACCGGGGCCUUGUUAGCAAACUCACUGUUAUCAACCGCAAUCGUGUCAGGGUUGAGCUUCACCGAUCGGCCGUCGCUGAACUAUAUCCGUCUUCGCCGGCAAAUAAUCCCAAUUUCUAUUACUACUUCACCAUAGGCUCCGUGGAAGCAUUUGAACGAAAAUUGGAUGAAGCACAUAAUGAAUUGGGAAUUCCAAGCAGUGAACGGAUUCCCGUGGCCUAUUCCGAUGAAGUACCGUUGAGUGCCGCCAUCCUUUCCUUCGGCCCAACUCUCUUAUUCGUGGGCGCAUUGUUCUGGCUCUCGAGAAGGGCAGCAUCAGGAGCAGGAGGCCAAAGUGGAAUCUUCGGCAUUGGCAAGUCCAGAGCAAAGAGGUUUAACCAUGAAACUGACGUGCGAAUUAAAUUUGCCGACGUUGCGGGCAUGGAUGAAGCAAAGCUUGAGAUCAUGGAGUUUGUUUCUUUUCUGAAAGAUCCUUCUAAGUAUCAGAGCUUGGGUGCGAAGAUACCUCGCGGCGCAAUUUUAUCAGGUCCUCCGGGUACGGGUAAAACCUUGCUGGCAAAGGCGACGGCCGGUGAAUCUGGAGUUCCCUUCUUCUCCGUUUCUGGUUCGGAAUUCGUCGAAAUGUUUGUCGGUGUUGGUCCAUCUCGAGUACGAGAUCUGUUUUCAAAUGCCAGGAAGAAUACCCCUUGCAUCAUCUUCAUCGAUGAAAUCGAUGCCAUUGGCAAGUCAAGAGCUAAACAGAACUUUGGUGGUGGCAAUGACGAACGAGAGUCUACACUCAACCAGAUUCUGACUGAGAUGGAUGGUUUUAAUACUUCGGAGCAAGUCGUUGUCCUCGCUGGCACAAACAGACCCGACGUUCUCGACAAAGCCUUGAUGCGUCCAGGGAGGUUCGAUCGGCAUAUCGUCAUUGACAGGCCAACUAUGGAUGGUCGCAAACAAAUAUUCAAAGUCCACCUACGCAAGAUUGUGACCAAGGUCGAUCUGGAGUAUUUGACUGGACGUCUUUCAGCCUUGACUCCUGGGUUUUCUGGUGCCGAUAUCGCCAACUGUGUCAAUGAGGCUGCUUUGAUUGCUGCUCGUGCAAAUGCAACCUCGGUCGAGAUGAUUCAUUUUGAACAAGCCAUUGAACGUGUCAUUGGCGGUCUGGAGAAGAAAUCACUGGUCUUGUCACCUGAAGAGAAGAAGACUGUAGCAUACCACGAGGCUGGUCAUGCCAUCUGUGGCUGGUUCUUCAAAUAUGCCGACCCGCUCCUUAAGGUCUCCAUCAUUCCGAGAGGACAAGGCGCUUUGGGUUACGCGCAAUAUCUCCCUGCUGGGGGUAACGAUGUGUACCUAAUGAGUGUCAAGCAGCUAAUGGACCGCAUGGCCAUGACUCUUGGUGGGCGAGUAAGCGAAGAAAUUUGGUUCGACACCGUGACCAGUGGUGCAUCCGAUGAUUUCAACAAAGUUACACGAAUGGCGACAGCCAUGGUGACAGAAUGGGGCAUGUCAUCAAAAAUUGGAUACCUUCACUAUAAAGAUGACGAGCAGCGCCUGCAUAAGCCAUUUUCCGAGGAGACGGCCCGAAACAUAGACGCCGAAGUUCGCCGGAUCGUCGAUGAGGCAUACAAACAAUGCAAAGACCUGUUGCUGGAAAAGAAGGAGCAAUUACAAGCGGUUGCCGAAGAAUUAUUGCAGAAGGAAAUGCUCGUACGAGAUGACUUGGUCAGAAUUCUCGGUCCAAGACCGUUUGAGGAUCCGGGAGACUUCCACAAAUAUUUCGAUAAUACAGAGGGAAAGAUCGCACCGCCACCACCGCCCACUGAACAAGAAGGCCCUUCUGGAAACUUCCCUGGUCAACCCGCGCCGGCCUUCAAAUGGAUCAAGCAAUAA